AUGUAUAUGACCUCAUUCAAGUCUGGUCAAGAUUUUAAGAUUUCUUCUUUGGAGAAGUUUCCUCCAGUUUCUCUCCCAGUGUCUCAAGACUUCCUCUUGAAUUACAUUUCCUUUGACAGAAUCACCAUUUUCUGCAGUGACUUUUUACUUCCCCAGUUGGCCACUGUCCAUCUCUUCUUUAAUAAACAAAAUGCCUUCCAUCAAAUGAUCAGCAGGAGAACUGGUGGAAAAAAACAUGUGAGGGCUUUAUUGGAGCAUCAUUUGCAACUAUUGUCUCCGCAUUUGUGGAUUUAUCAAUUGUCUGGCUUCAUUGUGAUCCUGUUCUGCUGUUCAAGCCAGAUUAUUUUACCGUCCCCCAAUGGGUUGCUGGAUAGUUCCCUUGGAGAGAGAUCUCUGUUUUACCAGCACAUUAACUUUCAAGUUCAAGGGAUUUUGGUGAUAGUAUUCCCGGGCAUGGUGAAAUCACUGUUAGAAUGGCAAUUGCCAGGCUAG